AUGGCGGCCACGAUGUUUUUUGCUCUGUAUUUAAUUUUGUGUAUGAUCGGUACUGUUCCUCAUCAAAAUCUCUCAAUCAAUGAAAUGGAUUCGUCUUCGCCGAAACGCCCAAGGCAACACCAGUUCGGGCUUUUUUGCACUGUUUUCAAGCCUUUGCCAGUCUUAUUGCGCUUGGUGCCAUCAGGGUUUCACCGAUCGACGCGUUCCCUCACCAAGAUAUCAAAACAUGGCUACACAUCCCUAGCAAUCCCAGGACAUGAUCCUCCGAUUGAUGUUACAAUAUUUAUGGACAUUUCUAUAAACCCUGGCCCAGAAAUUCACUUAGAUUAUUCUUCGAGACCUGCUAUGGAUUUGCAUACAGCUUCGUACACUAAAACAACACCAACAUUCUCUCGUGAGUCCCUCUAUAGUAUUCGCCGCCAAAUGAGAACAAGGAAUCUGUUUCUGAAACCUGUUAAUAUCUCAUUAUUUUGCACACUAAAGCACCUGGGUAUAUUCAGAUUCAGAGGGAAAAGAGCUGGAAAGAGGAAGAGAUCUGAAGCUAAUUUACAACUUGAGUUGCAACUUCAUGUCAACACCGCGAUCUCAAGUGAUCCUGGCCGCAACCAUUCUAUUGUUUAUGGAACUAAGCUUUGCGAGAACAAUAGCCAACACCUACCUGUGUUAAUCACCACACGCCAUGAUUAUUCGACCAGCGCCAACACUCAUAAUGCCAGGAACUCAUCUAAUCUCUUAAAAAUAAAUACUGGAAAAAUUACACCGGACAGUGCGCCUCGAUUACACUUAGCUACUUGGAAUAUUCGUGCCAUGAACAGGAAAGCUGCAUCUAUCUGUGUUCUUGUCAUAUCCAAAAGAAUUGAUGUCUUAGCCCUUGUUGAGACCUGGCUGACUGCUGAAAACAACUCUAAGUCUACCGUGGUUGAAGACACAAGCACACGGUUGCCUGUUCCUAACUGCUCAGAUCCCACUGUUGCCGAUGUAAUAAACACUCUACGGGACUUCGACUUUAUUCACCUACCGCGUGCUGGACGAGGUGGCGGCAUUGGUUUCUUUCUUAGAAAGGCUUUAAAUGUUAAACCUAAUACGUCGACUGUCUUUAAGGCUCUGGAAUAUGUUGAUCUCUCUAUCACUGCAUCGAGCUCAUCAAUGCGUCUAGUCACCGUUUAUAGACCUUCACCGUCUAAAGUAAACAAGCUUACUACUCGAAUGUUCUUUGAUGAUUUCUCUGUUCUUCUUGAACACCUUGCAAUGGAUCCUGGGAAAUUAAUUAUAACAGGUGACUUUAAUUUUCACAUUGAAGACCCUGGUGACGCUGAUGCUGUCAGACUGUUGGAUAUGCUCGAUGCAGCUGGAUUCGAGCAAAAGGUAGUAGGUCUUACGCACAGAAAAGACCACACCCUUGACCUAGUUGUUGUGCGGGACGGCGACUUGUCAGUGCGCGGACGUCCUGAAAUCGUUGCAUUCCCUAACUCUGUAUCUGACCAUAGUGCCAUUAUUUGUGAUGUUGACAUGCCAAAGCCAUGUGCCUCCAAGAAAAUACUGCAUCGGCGUCCGUUACGGAAAAUUAAUUUCGACUCUUGGUGCAAUGACAUCAGGGAUUCCGCCAUCUACAGUUCUGCUCCGAGUGAUGACUCUGACUGCAACGUCUUAUGUGAUCAGUAUAACACUGUGCUAAACCACUUCAUCGAGAAACAUGCUCCUGUUCGCACUUUUUCAGUUACACUGCGACCCUAUUCACCUUGGUAUGAUGAUAGUCUUAGGUUAUUGAAAAGACAGAAACGCAAAGCAGAACGGAGAUACGUUUCAUCGAGAUUAGAAAUCCACCGCCAGAUGUACGAAGAGAAGUGUAGAGCUUACAGCACUGCACUGAAUGUAGCUAAGCGGAACUUCUACAAGGAUCAAAUAUCUGGUUCCAAUCAGACGCAGUUAUUUCGUUUAAUUGAUGGCCUUUUCAGGGUGAAGCCGGUUCCGUUGCUACCAUCAUAUGAAUCACCUACAGCUCUUGCAGAAGAUUUCAUCUUAUUUUUCACUACCAAGAUUCAGCAUUUAAAGGACAACCUACGAUCAUCGCCCCUGUUAACGAUGGAGAUGUCAGUGACGCCAGCUCAACCACAAUGUGUGGCGUCAUUCCCUGAGUUCUCUGCUGUAUCAGUGAGUUAUAUACGUGAUAUUUUACAACAAUCCAAGCCUAAAUCGUGCAUAUUAGAUCCUGUGCCGACAAGUGUACUAAAACAAUCCAUUGAUGUUAUUGCCCCGGCCAUCACUUCCAUUGUCAACGCAUCUUUGUCAUCUGGUGUUUUCCCUACCUCUCUCAAGGGUGGAGUGAUCAACCCUUCCAUUAAGAAGCAGAGUCUUGACCGCGAAGUAUAUCCAAACUACCGACCGAUUACAAACGUUGCCUUCCUAUCAAAAACACUUGAACGUGUCGCUGCUAACCAGACGAUGAACUAUCUUAUCCCCAACGGCUUACUGGCUAAAUUACAAUCUGCUUACCGCCCCUUCCACAGCACAGAGACUGCUCUUCUUCGCGUCUUUAAUGACAUUCUGACCGCUAUUGACUGCCAACAGGGAGUAGUACUUGUUCUCCUUGACCUGUCGGCUGCGUUUGACACUAUAGAACACUCGGCUCUGUUGUCGCGUAUGCAACAUCGUUAUGGAAUUAAUGAGAUAGCACUCCAGUGGUUCAAAUCAUAUCUAACUGGCAGAACUCAACAAGUCCUUAUAGAUGGUGUUCUAUCCUCCAGCCAACCACUGCGUUAUGGCGUUCCUUAGGGUUCUGUACUCGGCCCGUUGUUGUUCUCUUUGUUUUUCGCGCCUAUCGAAGAUGCUGUUCGUGCACAUGGUCUUGGUGCGAUGAUGUAUGCUGAUGACACGCAGUUAUAUAUGUCCAUCUGCCCGUCUGAAGAUCGGUCUUCAGUUCUAUCAAGGCUUGAAGUCUGUGUCAAGGAUAUCCUCAUCUGGUGUACGUCAAAUGGCCUCGCUUGUAACCCCGAUAAAACGGAAAUUGUACAUAUCUCAUCUCGAUUCACGUCAACCAACAUAAUUCCUGAAAUCGACGUUGAUGGACAUUUCAUCAAACCAGCCCAGGCAGCACGCGACCUCGGAGUAAUCAUAGAUUCGAGUUUAUCUAUGACAAAUCAUGUCAACAGCAUCUGCAAAUCAGCUUACCAUUCUAUAAGGAACAUUGGCAGAAUACGGAAAUACCUUGACCGCAAUAACUGUGAACAGCUCAUUCAUGCUUUCAUAACUUCAAAACUAGAUGCCUGUAAUAGUCUUCUGUCUGGACUCCAAGAAAAAAAAAUAGCCAAACUACAGCGUGUUCAGAACUCUGCCGCAAGACUAAUCGUUGGUGCUAAGAAGAGGGACGCCAUUACACCCAUUCUUAAGGAACUUCACUGGCUACCUGUUGCUUCUAGAAUAGACUUUAAAAUUUUUACAAUCACACAUAAAGCUCUCCACAACCAGGCUCCUGAAUAUAUCACUGAACUCUUAACACCGUAUACGCCAUCUCGAUCCCUUAGAUCUGCUAACAAGAACCUUCUCGUCUUUCCUAAAUCACGAACAAAAACUUAUGGGGACAGAUCUUUUUCAAACUUUGCAGCUAAAUUAUGGAACUCCCUCCCCCUACACAUUAGAAACACCGACUGUCUCAGCAAAUUUAAAUCGUCUUUAAAGACGUACUUAUUUUGUAAGCACUACAACAAUUGAUUAGUUUUUAACCAUUAGAAAUAUUAUCAUAAGUAUUAGUAUUAAGAUAUAUAUAUAUAUGUGUGUAUGUGUGUAUAUGUAUAUAUUUGCAUCAGUUAUAUAUGUGUAAGAUAGAGUUUUAGCAAAAUUAUUGAGUAGAAUAGAGUAGGAUGUUUGUAAAGCAUUGAGAUUUUUAUAAUGCUAUAUUAAAUUAUUAUUAUUAUUA